CGUAGAAAAAGUUUUCAUCAACAGCCGCCAUUUUGCGCUGGAGAGACUGAGAAGUAUUUCGGAAAUUGUCGUGUAAAUUUUCUGUUUUUUCUUACAUCAUUUAUCAUAAACUGUACCAUUCCGUAUAUUUUAAAGUGUUAAGUGAAAUCUUGUAGUUAGAUCGGUAAAAUAAGGUCCAUUAAGUAGCGAAAUCUGGUGAUAUUGUUUUCAUUUAUUGUGCUAGUUCCGUCGGAAGAUGGUGAGAGGUUCUGUGUAGCUCUUCGAUUCCGAGCUUUGUAAUGGCGAAUACUUGAGUGAGAAAUUUUAAUAUGUGCCUUCAAUGGUUUGGAGGACAUCGAACGAUCGGGAUGUGGGUGAAUUACGUUGUGAUGGAUGACAAAUCGCUCUAAAAUGUUAUUUCUUAAAGAUAUAAGACAUAAAAGUGUUAUUUGAAUCGGCGGGCCGAAAUAUUCACGACGGCUUACGUUUAGUAAACAGAGCCAUGGCCGAUCAUCAUGUGGACGAGCCGCCUAACAAGCGGGCUAAGAUGAUGCGGGACCCUUUCCAGGGUUCCUCGGACACCGGAGAUUCUGGGUUCUCAAACCUGGACAUGUUCGACCUGGAGAAAGAUCUUCCCGAUGAGUUGAUGGGUUCCUGGGGAGAACAGCCUGGUGUGGGAGGACCCAAGCCCCCGGCGCAGGGGCCUGGCCCCGGGGGACAAAUGGCCCAGCAGCAGCUGAAUGGGGAUGACCCAACGGCUGCCAUGCAGAGACAAAUAAACAAUCAUCUCAUACAACAAGUCUUUUCACAGGGCAACAAGAGUGGCUUAGUUGGCCACAACAAUCCAUUAGGGUUGAGUCUAGGCAGUAAGAGUCCUAACUUACAGUCACCGCCCAACGUGUCCGUCUCCAAGGACCUGAUGGGCGGCAUGCAUCAGCAACUUAUACCAAAUACAAGCCAUCCAAAUCAAUUGCAUUCAUCCAUGCCCAUGAGCUCCAUUCAAGGUGGGAUGAACGUGGCGAACGUGGGCAACAUGGUGGUGACGAACAGCAACAUGUCCGGGCCGGGCAUGCUGGGCGGCGGCAUCAUCAACAACGUGAGCAAGCAGCUGCCCGCGCUCAUGUCCAACAGCCACCACCCCGCCCACGGCGCCCACAACGCGCCUCAGCACCAUCCGCACGCGCAGGCGAUGCAGAACGGCCCUCUUGCUGGGAGAGUGGGGGGCGUCGGUGGAGUGGGAGUUGGCGUCGGUGUGGGCGUGGGCAUGCAGGCACCCAUGCGCACGGGGCUGGCGCACGGUGCACACGCGGUGCACGGCGCGCACCCGGGCCACGCCCACACGCGCAUGGUCGCGCCGGGUGGCGGCGGACAUCCUCUAGCGCCUUAUCACCCCGCGUAUGGCCAGCCGGCGGCGGGUGGCGCGGCGCAGCGCGCGGCGGGCGUGCGGUUCGGGCCGCCGCCCGAGGCCGGGGGCGGGGCGGCGCAGGCCGUGCCGCCCGCGCCCUCCCCGCAGACGCCGGGCGCACCUUCUGGCGGACAGUCGCAGCCGCAAGCGGCGACGCAGGGCGCGGCGGGCGCGGCGCCGGCGCAGGGCUCGGGCUCCAUCGCCGACCCCGAGAAGCGCAAGCUCAUCCAGCAGCAACUCGUGCUGCUGCUGCACGCGCACAAGUGCCAGCGCCGCGAGUCGCAGUCCAACGGCGAGACCUGGCAGUGCACGCUGCCGCACUGCAAGACCAUGAAGACUGUGCUCAACCAUAUGAUGUCCUGUCAGGCGGGGAAGAACUGUGCAGUACCACACUGUUCGUCGUCCAGACAAAUCAUCAACCACUGGAAGCAUUGCAACAAACAUGACUGUCCCGUCUGCUUACCUCUCAAACAAGCGGACCGGACUAGAACAAACACUAUGAACCCGGCCGCGGUGUCCCACUCGACGACGGGCGUGGGGUCGGUGGGCGGCGUGGGCGGGGUGGGCGCGGCGGGCGGCGGCGGCGUGGGCGUGGGCGCCGUCAGCGUCAACGUGGCGACCGCGCCCGCUCCCAGCGCCCUCCCGUCCGUCAACCCGCUGGCAGGCGGCGUAACAGCAACGGCAGCGCCCACGGGCAAUUCGGUCGGCGGCGUGGGCACGGUGGGCGGCGGCGCGGACAUGAAGCGAGCGUACGAGGCGCUGGGGAUUGCGUGUCCUACGUCCGUGUCGGGCAUGGUGGGUGGAUUCGCGAGAGCGCCUUUCACCCGCCUGCCCGCGCCGCGGCCGCCCGGCCUCUCGGACGUCCUGCCGCAGCAGCAAUCCAUGCAGCAGCUAUUCACGCAUCAGCAGCAACCCGAUUUGCAGCAGCAAUCUCAGCAGCAGCAGCAACUUUUUGGUACACAGAUGAGCACGCUGCAGCUGCCGGUGGGCCCCGUCACCGCCAACCCUGUAUCCGGCACGAAGGAGUGGCACCAGUCUAUAACACCCGAUCUCAGAAACCACCUUGUUCAUAAACUGGUGCAAGCUAUCUUUCCAACGCCGGACCCCACAGCGAUGCAAGACAAACGAAUGCACAACCUAGUGGCAUACGCGAAAAAAGUCGAGGGCGAUAUGUACGAAAUGGCGAGCACGCGCUCGGAAUACUACCACCUACUCGCCGAGAAGAUAUACAAGAUACAGAAGGAGUUAGAAGAGAAGCGGCAGAAGAGGAAAGAGCAGCAACUGCAAGCGCAGCAGGCUCAGCAGCAGCAGCAACAAAACCAGCUGCAGCAACAACCCGGUGUCUUAGGCAGUGGGGUGAUGGGCGUGAGGCCCAUCGCGCCGGGUGUGGGUGUCGUGACCGGCGUGGGGGUGGGCGUGGGGCGGCCCAACCUGCCCACACAGUCCGGCCUGCCCGGCAUGCGCAUCCCCUCCCCCGGCAUGCCGCUAACGAUGCAGGGCAACCGCAUGACGUAUCAACCUAAUCUCGUCGGCCCGCCCGGUCCGAGCCCUAAUCAGAUGCCGCAAACGCCAAACGGCGGCAGUGUAGGCAGCGUGGGUGGCGUGGGCAGCGUGGGCAAUCCGGGCAUGUCGCCGUUCGGGCAGCCGAUGACGUCGCCCGCGCCGCAGUACCCGCUCACCAGCAACGGGCCGCCGCUCGCGUCGCCGGGGCUCAGCGCGGCGGACAUCAAGCGCAGCGUGGCCAGCCCGUUCAUGAACCACUCGAGCGCGUUUCGCGGCGAGGCGGGCGCGUCGCCGGCGGGCGGCGCCCACACGCCCGCCACGCCGCACGCGCACGCCAGCCCGGCGCCUGACGCGCGCCCCGCCUCGCGCCCGCCCUCCGCCGCCGCACCCGUCUCCGCGCAGAUGGCCGCGCUGCAGAACGCAGCCGCCGACGACAGUCCGCCCGAUAUUAAACGCGAACCAGAUGACAUACGCGUCAAAGAAGAACCGGAAGAGGACUGCGGCGGCAAGGGGAUGCGCGACGAGCCGGAAGAUAAAGAAGCGACCGAGCGCUUCGAGACAAGACAGGAACCCUUCAAACAAGACAUCAAGCAGGAAGACAUCAAGAGAGAAAUCAAAGAAGAACCCAUGGAGGGGUCCACGUCCGCAGACGGCACGACAGACCGGGGUCCAAAGAAAAUGUUUGUCUUCAAACCCGAAGAGUUAAGACAAGCAUUACUACCAACGUUAGAAAAGCUGUUCAGACUCGACCCAGAGUCGUUGCCCUUCCGACAGCCGGUGGACGCGACGGCGCUCGGGAUUCCGGACUACUUCGACAUAGUCACGAAGCCCAUCGACCUGUCGACGAUCAAGUCCAAGCUGGACCGCGGCCAGUACAAGGACCCGUGGGAGUACGUGGACGACGUGUGGCUCAUGUUCGAGAACGCGUGGCUGUACAAUAGGAAGAACUCGCGCGUCUACAGAUAUUGCACUAAGUUGUCGGAGGUGUUCGAGGUGGAGAUCGACCCGGUGAUGCAGAGCCUGGGCUACUGCUGCGGCCGGAAGUACACCUUCAACCCGCAGGUGCUGUGCUGCUACGGCAAGCAGCUGUGCACCAUCCCGCGCGACGCCAAGUACUUCAGCUACCAGAACAGUCUAAAAGCGUAUGGGGUUGUGUCCGAUAGAUACACCUUCUGCCAGAAAUGCUUCAACGACAUCCAGGGCGACACAGUCACGCUCGGCGACGACCCGCUGCAGCCGCAGACAGCAAUAAAGAAGGAUCAGUUCAAAGAGAUGAAGAACGACCACCUGGAGCAAGAACCAUUCGUGGUGUGCAUGGACUGCGGGCGCAAGCAGCACCAGAUCUGCGUGCUGCACCACGACCAAAUCUGGCCCCUGGGCUUCUGCUGUGAUAACUGCCUCAAGAAGAAGGGGGCGAAGCGGAAAGAGAACAAGUUUAGUGCUAAGAAACUGCCAACGUCCAAGCUCGGCAUUUAUAUAGAGACGAGAGUCAAUAAUUUCCUUAAGAAAAAAGAGGCUGGCGCUGGCGAAGUGCAUAUCAGGGUGGUUGCGUCGUCUGAUAAGAUGGUGGAAGUGAAGCCCGGCAUGAGGUCGCGGUUCGUAGAGUCGGGCGAGCUGUGCGCCGAAUUCCCGUAUCGGGCUAAGGCGUUGUUUGCGUUUGAGGAGGUCGACGGGACUGAUAUUUGUUUCUUUGGGAUGCAUGUGCAAGAGUAUGGUAGUGAGAGUCCUUCGCCAAACACGAGGCGUGUAUAUAUAGCUUAUUUAGAUUCUGUACAUUUCUUCCAACCGAGGCAGUAUAGGACGGCCGUGUAUCACGAGAUUUUAUUAGGAUAUUUGGAUUACGCUAAGCAAUUGGGCUACACCAUGGCCCACAUCUGGGCCUGCCCGCCUUCCGAGGGCGACGACUACAUAUUCCACUGCCAUCCGCCCGAGCAGAAGAUACCCAAGCCCAAAAGGCUGCAAGAGUGGUAUAAGAAAAUGUUAGAUAAAGGUAUCAUAGAGAGGAUAAUAUUAGACUACAAGGAUAUACUUAAGCAAGCUAUAGAAGAUAAUAUAUUGUCUGCGGCUGAACUGCCUUAUUUCGAGGGGGACUUUUGGCCCAAUGUUCUGGAAGAGUCCAUUAAGGAGCUGGACCAAGAGGAAGAGGAGAAGAGAAAGCAGGCUGAAGCCGCCGAGGCAGUGAUAUUCCAGUCUUCCGAGGAGAACGAGCAGGGCCCCGACGGCAAGAAGAAGGGACAGAAGAAGGCGAAGAAGUCGAACAAGUCGAAGGCGGCGCAGCGCAAGAACAGCAAGAAGCAGAGCGACCAGCAGCAGGGCAGCGACCUCAGCGCCAAGAUCUUCGCCACCAUGGAGAAGCACAAGGAGGUGUUCUUUGUGAUCCGGCUGCACUCGGCGCAGUCGGCCGCCAGCCUGGCGCCCAUCGCCGACCCCGACCCGCUGCUGGCCUGCGACCUCAUGGACGGCCGCGACGCCUUCCUCACCAUGGCGCGCGACCGCCACUACGAGUUCAGCAGCACGCGGCGCGCGCGGUUCAGCACGCUCAGCAUGCUUUACGAGCUGCACAACCAAGGCCAGGACAAGUUCGUAUACACGUGCAACUCGUGCAAGGCGCACGUGGAGACGCGCUACCACUGCACCGUGUGCGACGACUUCGACCUGUGCGUGCCGUGCCACGACAAGGAGGGCCACCCGCACCGCAUGGAGAAGCUGGGCCUGGACCUGGACGUGGGCGCGCCCGGCGACGCCAAGCAGGCCAACCCGCAGGAGGCGCGCAAGCUGUCCAUCCAGCGCUGCAUCCAGUCGCUGGUGCACGCGUGCCAGUGCCGCGACGCCAACUGCCGCCUGCCGUCGUGCCAGAAGAUGAAGCGCGUCGUCACGCACACCAAGAUCUGCAAGCGCAAGACCAAGGGCGACUGCCCCAUCUGCAAGCAGCUCAUCGCGCUGUGCUGCUACCACGCCAAGCACUGCCAGGAGACCAAGUGCUCCGUGCCCUUCUGCAGCAGCAUCAAGCAGAAGCUGAAGCAGCAGCAGGUGCAGCAGCGCGUGCAGCAGCAGCAGCUGCUGCGGCGCCGCAUGGCCGCCAUGAACACGCGCGGCGCGCCCGCGCCCAGCCCGCCGCCCGCGCCCGCGCUCGCGUCGCCGCCGCCCGCCAAGCCGCAGCACGCGCUGCCGCACAACGUGCAGAAGGCGCUGCAGCAGGUACAGGAAGAGGCGGCGCGACAACAGGCGCCGUCGUACGGCAAGCAGGCGGCGAUGGGCCCGCCCGUGGUGGGUGCGGUUGGCGGCGUGGGCGUGGGCGCGCGCGGCGCGGAGUGGGGUGCGCGCUACCGGGCGCCGCCGCCGCUGCACCACGCGCACCACCGCCUGCCGCACCACGCGCCGCACCAGCAGCUGCAUCCGCAGCACCCACAGCACGCGCCGCAGCAGAUACAGCAACAAAGGACGGUGGUACCGUCGCAGCAGCAGCCCGCGGCGCCGAUGCACCAGAAGGCGCUGCAGCAGCUCAUGGCCACGCUGCGCUCGCCCACCAGCCACAACCAGCAGCAGGAAAUCCUGCAGAUCCUCAAGUCCAACCCGCCGCUCAUGGCCGCCUUCAUCAAACAGAGAGCACAGAACGCCCAAAACCAGCAGCAGGCCGGUGGCGGCGUGCCCGUGGGCAACGUGGGCGUGGGCGGCGUGAGCAACGUGAACGUGGGGCUGGGCGGCGUGCAGCAGCAGCCGCAGCAGCUCCAGCACAUGAUGCAGCCGCAGCAGCAGCAGCGGCUGCAGCAGAUGCACCAGAUGCUGCCCCAACAGUCACAGGUGGGCGGCGGUCCCGGCGUGGGGCUGGGCGGCGGGCCCGGCGUGGCGGCCGCGUGGUACAAGCCGGGCGCGGCGGGCGGCGCGGGCGCGGCGGGCGGCAUGAUGGCGCUGCGCGGCGCGUACGCGGGCGCGGGCGCGGCGCCGCGGCUGGGCGCGCGCUACUUCCCCGGCGGCGUGGGCGUGCUGCAGCGCUCGCCGCCCGCCACGCCGUCGCCGCGCCCGCCCACGCCGUCCGAGCUGCUGCUGCUGCGCCAGUCGCCCGCGCCGCCCGCGCCGCUGGCGCCCGACGACCAGCUGCCGCCCAUGACGCCGCAGGACCAGCUCACCAAGUUCGUGGAGCAGUUGUAGUGUACAUAGUCGCGGCGCGCGCGCUCGCCCUGUAACAUAUAAGCUAUCGCGGCCCGCGCCGAACGACCCUGCACCCCUCCCCCGCACUAUUUAUUGUCAGCCGAUAUCGUUACGACGCGAAGGACCUAUUAGUAUUACGAUGAACGUAUCAGCGCUCAAUGUACAAAUGUAAAUAUGAAAAGAGUACACCGGUCGCUUUUGCGUAAUGUAUAAGUUGUUUGUAGUGUAGGUACAAUUUAAGUAUGAUACUUACCUAUUCUGUUUAUUGUAAUUAAAUCAUUUUAUAAUAUAAUUAUGUGAUGAUUAUAA